AUGGCCGUGGCCGGGCGGCCACGCGGGUGGCCGUGGCCGGGUGGCCGGGUGGCCGUGGCCGGGUGGCCGUGGCUGUGGCCGGGGCGAUGGGGCGGAUGGCCGGGUGGCCGGAUGGCCGGGUGGCCGGAUGGCCGGAUGGCCGGGUGGCCGGAUGGCCGCCUGGCUGGGUGGGCAGGUGGGCGGGUGGGCGGGUGUGGCCGGGUGGCCGUGGCCGUGGCCGGAUGGCCGGAUGGCCGGUUGGCCGGUUGGCCGGGAUUUGUGGGUGGGUGGCCGGCUGGCGGGUGGCCGGAUGGCCGGGUGUGGCCAUGUGGCCGUGUGGCCGUGUGGCCAUGUGGCCAUGUGGCCGUGUGGCCGUGGUCGUGUGGUCGUGGCCGUGGCCGUGGCCGCGUGGCCGCGUGGCCGGGUGGCCGGGUGGCCGUGGUCGUGGUCGUGGCCGGGUGGCCGGGUGGCCGGGUGGCCGGGUGGUCGUGGUCGUGGCCGGGUGGCCGGGUGGCCGGGUGGCCGGGGGGGUGCGUGGCCGGGUGGCCGGGUGGCCGGGUGGCCGGGAUGGCCGGCAACUAA